AUGAAGUUUGGUGAUACAGCAGGGUACAGACAAGUGGGUGAUAGUAGGGGUGGGCUAUCUGGUGGUUUUCUUGAUUCGGUAAUUAAACGCCGGUCGGGGUAUAGAUGCUUCCUUGGGAUAUGUCUGUUGCAGAGUAAUCCUCCCCCACACACUGAAGGGGGAACAUCACGACAUCGCACGAUGUGUCGAGGCAGUGAUGGGCUCCACAGGAGGGGCAGAGAGAAAGAUAGCUGCUUGUCAAGCCCCGCCAGAAUCAGCAGUAAAGAAACAAAAAAAAGUCACGAUCAUCACGUCUCGGGAGGUUGGUGUGGUUUCGGCGGUGGAUCAAGGUUUGCGUGA